AUGGACGAAGAUGAGACGAGAGGCCAGAGGAUCAUCUACGACGGAAAGAGAAUGAGAAAAGCCAUCACUCGGAGGAAUGUAGACUACAAUGGGCCACUUCUAAAGUAUAAACUAGAAGGAAGAUUUGGCGCAGUCCAGAAGCACCCCUUGUACUCCAUCUACGUCCCUCCUGUCACCGGCUCUUGCUCCAUCUCCAACAGCCUAACGAUCAACCUAGCACACACCAGCAUAAACAAAAUACGAACGCCAAUAAACACGAUAAGAUACGCCCCAAAUGGAAGAAGACUCAUCUCAGGUGCUGCGACAGGAGAGUUCACUCUGUGGAACGGUUUUAGCUUUAACUUUGAGACCAUUCUGCAGGCACACGACAGCGCGCUCAGGUCUCUGUGCUGGACGCCCCACGGAGACUAUCUUGUCUCUGGAGACCAAAUAGGCGUGGUGAAGUAUUGGCAGCCAUCAAUGAACAACCUGCAGCUGAUAGAAGCGCACAAAGAAGCCAUACGAGACAUCAGUUUUGCUCCUCGCGGUAAUAAGUUCUGCACAGCCUCUGACGACGGGACAAUAAAGGUAUUUGACUUCCAGACAGCGAAGGAGGAAAGGAGCCUCGCAGGGCACGGGUGGGACGUAAGAGUGGGGCAGUGGCACAAAAGACACGCGCUGAUAGCCAGCGGGGGAAAGGACAACCUAGUCAAGCUGUGGGAUCCCCGGGGGAAAGAGCUGACAACCCUGCACAUCCACAAGAACACAGUCCUGUGCCUGAAGUGGACAAAUGAUGGAGAGUGCAUUCUCUCCGGGGGGAAAGAUCAGGUCAUUAAAAUGUUCAACUUGCGCGCGAUGAAGGAAGAGUUCACGCACAAGGGGCACCAGAAGGAAGCCACUGCGCUAUGUGUCCAUCCCUGUCUCGAUAGUCUCUUUGUGUCAGGUGGUGGCGAAGGGUCUGUCUACAUCUGGCAAAAGCACAAUGAGUAUCCUGUGAGAGUAAUAUCUGAUGCACACAGUAAAACAAUAUGGUCAAUGGACUUCCAUCCGAUAGGCCACACUUUGGCGACAAGUUCGGUGGAUAACUCGGUUAAGUUCUGGAUACGCCCUAGGCCCACAACGGAUGGAGCAUCUGGCGACGUGGAGAGUGUGGAUGUAGACCACGAGAGAAUACCUGGAAUAGGAAGCCAUCUACAAGAAUAA